ACGUUCUGAUAAAAUACAUUGAAUUCAGCACUUGAAAUGGCAAAGUGUCUUAGCAUAUACCUAUCAUUUAAGUGUAUCUGCUAAUUGAAAAAUUAUAGCAACUCACAGUCAUUUGUGAGGUGUGAAAAGUGUAAUAAAUCUUUCUAAGGGGGGCUGGUAAUGCACAUCUGCAGUGUUGAUCUAUGAUGGGAAAUCUCUAUAAAUAUGUUGGACUUUUACUAAUCUUAGCCAUAUAGCAACAUAUUAUAAUCUUAAUUACUGUUUGAGAACAAUCCAGAUAAACCCCCCCAAGCACUUACAUGGGUACAAAAGAAAAUAUUUGACAAACAUUAGAUCAACAUAACCCCAUGUCAUUUGCCUAACAGAGGAGAGGAGCAUAUAAAUUGGUCUGCCACCUUGGCUUCAGUCUUCAGUAGUCCUCUCCAUCUCUGAUUAGUCAGGUGCUGGCAAAAUGAAGGCCAUGGUACUGGGGUUGUUUUUGCUCUCUUUUUUCAUAGCCAUAUCUGAAGUAAAAUCUGAAGGCGCUCCUGUCAGACUCUGCGGCAGAGACUUUGUCAGAGCUGUCGUCUUUACCUGUGGAGGAUCUCGCUGGAGAAGACAACUGAAUGGCUUCCCGAAAGGUCUCAUAGAUCAAUACUCUCAUUUACCAUUGGCUCCUGAGGAAAAUUCUAUCCAGAAGUCGGAAUCCCAGAGCCAAGAAUUCAUCCAAUCCAGGGCUGAAGCUGAAAGAGAUCUGCAAGGCCAGCAACAAAAGUCCAUCCAUAAAAGACAUGAGGAUGUCAUGCGACUCACGGUCUCUUGCUGUGCUAUUGGCUGCAGUGAAAACAGUAUAAGUACACUAUGCUAAGCAGGCAUUAAUUGCUGAUAUGGUGGUUGCUCUACAGCAAUAAUAUAUUAAAAAUAAAAUGCUUUGUGUCUUAAAAUAGGUUAUAUUUGAGACCUUUUAUAGCACAUGCCAUAAUUCUCAGCUCUGACAUAAUUCCUCUCUGCCCUUCCACUUGGAAUGGGGACAAAUUGACAAAUAUUGUUCAAU